AUGCCUCUUCAUAUAGACCCUCGUCGAGGUGACGAUCUCCACGGCAGAGCCACCGAUUCUCCUCCUGAACAAAUGCCACCACAUCCGGAUCAACAAUUGCCUCCCAUUCAACGAAACGAGGAGAUGCAGCGGACCCAAGCGCACGAGCAAAUGCCGCCAGGUACAGGACACUCACCUCAUCCAACAUCCAGUACCUCCAUUUUCAGCUCGACACAUUCGCCCAUCCAAACUCAAUCAUCCAGCCGGACCUUGCCUUCUCCGCCAGGCGCUCAAUUUCCUUGGGUAGGCAGUUCAAGCUCCGCACCGUAUUCGCCGACUCCUAUGCAGACCGCUCAGAAGAGCCAUCUUCAGGACCUCCAGCAUCAGAUAUCGACCAAGACCUUGGCUCUACAGACCCUACAACGCGAACAUGACCAGCUUCUGGCCGCAUUUUCACGAUCACAUGUUCGGUGUACAGCUUUGGAGAAGAAGUCGCAAGUCUCAGAUCACGAAAUCAACACCUUGACUGAAGACAAGCUCCGGCUUCAGCAACAGGUUGACGCCCUAGAAGAUCAGGUCGAAGAGUUGAGCAAAGCACGCGAGGAAAUCCAAAUGCAGUCCUCAGCUGACAUGGCACAAUGGCGGCAGAUCAUGGCCAUGUCAUCGCAGCUGCAGCUCAAAGGUUCAGAAGAGACGCGGCAGUACAAGGCCGACCGGGAGGCAUGGGAUCGAGAACGUAUCUCGCUACAAAAACGGGUGGAGGCACUCGAAUCCGCAAAGGGUGUCCUCCCCGACCGAACAGUGCUAUCUGACUCGACAACCCCUGUGUCGAAUGACGCAGUGCUGACCUCCGACUCUCUCGAGUUGCUUAGAGAUGAAAUUCUCAAAGUUAGGCGACGUUGUUUUGAACUGGAAUCACUACUGCAGGAACUUGCUGGCGAGACUGACCAGAUUGACACUGCCAUCAGUACACUGGAGAGGUUUCGGAAGGCACUUGCUGGCAGAAAGCGGCGCCUCGAGGAUAGCUAG